AUGGAUCCAUCGCGAGAAGUUGACCAAACCGGUCCAGCGGGCCAGCCCGAGCCUAGCGAGGUUGUCAUCGAGAAUGUGAACGAGGAAUCGGCAACUCAUGACCACGAAGACGCAACAACAAUUCAAACAGCGUCUCCCGCCCAUACUCAAGACAGAACGACGCAGCCCAAAGAUGAUUCAAAAUCUCAGAGGGCCUCGAGUUUCAGGGUGCAACGAUUCGCUGACAGACAAACACUUUCCGGGUGGUUUCCCCAGAUCGACAAUGACGAAAAGAAUAAUUGGCGCAUCUGGCUUUCGAGAAGAAGCCGGGCGCUGAUGGUGCAGAUUGGAAUCAUCGGUCUUAUCCUCAUGACUAAUUUUGGUUUGACCAUAUUCGCUGUCGCUAGCUAUGGGAGCUCAAAUGGAGUAGGGUUGAUAUACCAGGGUGAUUGUUCGAACGUCAAGAAGCUGGAUCAAUGGCUCCACCUAUUGAUCAACCUUCUCGGUACAGGCAUGCUGUCUGCCUCCAAUUACUGCAUGCAGUUGCAAGCAGCACCCACCCGCGCAAAUGUAGAUGCUGCACACGCCGCAAAGAAAUGGUUGGAUAUUGGUAUUCCCAGUCUGCGGAAUCUUCGAUACCUCAGCAAUUGGAGACGGGCGUCAUGGGCUCUUUUGGCAUUGAGUUCCAUCCCAGUGCAUCUGAUAUAUAACUCGGCUGUUUUCCAAUCUUUAUCCUCACACAACUACACCGUUGCUGUUAUCAAAGAUUCGUUCCUAGCCAACAGCACCUGGGGUCUCACUACAGCAGAGGCUAAUCGUGCAGGCGAUUGGGGAUGGAAUGACACGCGAGUCAAUCCAACUAAUUUCGAUUAUGAACAGAUCAUCCAUGGGAUGCAGCAAAACGCGUCGUCAUACCAAGAGAUGAAUUUAUCGGACUGCUUUGCCCUCUACGACGACUACUGGCAGCCUCAAGGCAACGUAUUGGUGCUGGUCAAAAACCAGUCGGUACAAACACCGCCUGACGAUAGCCUCCUGAUGUAUGUGUCAAUUGUUCCCCGUUCUGACGAUUGGGGAAAGAACAUGUGGGCUCUAGGGAAUGGCACUGGCCGUUUCAUUGCUCAGUCGCCCCCAAAACCUGUCACCGUCUGGUAUCUCGGACCAAAGCACUAUGAGGUCGCCCGAUGCCUGGUUCAACCUCCCAACGAGCUGCACACGAAAUGUCGCUUUGAGUACUCGCCUCCCAUCAUGUUCACCAUCUGCAUAAUGAAUUUCAUCAAAGCUUUUAUCAUGAUAUGCAUUUGGUACUUGAGAAAGUGGCAAGAUCAGAAGCAACAUAGGAAGGCGAAGGAAGUCCUGUACACACUUGGCGAUGCAAUUGCAUCUUUCAUGAGGGACCCAUGCGAACAAACGAAAGACCUAGGUCUUUCCACAAAAAGUGAUUUCCUGACGACCAGGAAAUGGAAGGAUCGCCUCGUCAAGCAACCCCCAGUUAUUCUGAAAGAGACUACCAAUCGCGAGGCGAAAGAGUUCUUUCCGACGGCCAAACAGUGGAGGUCUGCUGCCAGUCUCAAGCGCUGGGUGAUCCUUCUUUGCAUGUGA